UCUCCUCACCGUGCCCUGGAACCAAUGCGCCGUCGCCUAGCAACGUGGUGCUGAGUUGAGACAAAGGGCCACAAGUCAAACCUGGCACUGGGUCAGUGUCGCGUCCAGGCGACGUGUCGUCAGGUCACCCACACGUAGGGCGGCCACCUCUGAGCAACAAAGAACUGGGACAGCCCGGCUGGGCCUGAGCCCACAGAACCGGCCAGCUGGCAGCGUGUGCUCUGUGCCCUCACAGGCCUCCCGGCCAGCCACCGCCACAAAGGGGCGACCCGCGGAAAACCUGGACAGGUGGCAACCUGUCCCCCCAGAAUGGGUUACAUUUACAUUACAACAUGGCAUGACCUCAGACCAGGGCACUGAGUCAGAAAGUGGCCUUGGAAUGACUCGCAAGCACCUAGACAAUGGGAUGGUGCGGGGACGGGUGCUGUCUGAAUGUGGCACCAAGAUGAAAUACCAUCAUCUCGUGGCUCAAUGGUGUCACAAGAAACAGCAUCGGAGGGAGACUUUGCAACAUUACGGCCUCAUGCCAUGUCCUGGCUUCGAAACACGGUGUCCAGAUGACAUACCAGCUCGCUGGCCUCUAGUUGAGUGGUCGAUGCCCCACAAUGCUGCUAAAUUGUGCCUCAUAAGACGAUGUGAAAAUGUCACAUUGCAAUGUUGUUGUUAUCUGACACCCUGCAAUGCAAGCUGACAGCGUAGUGCCAAAGUAUGCCACAUCAAGAACCAGCUUUUCAGGGUCUGAGAUACCGGUGUGUUGGAGUAUCCCAGCCUCAAGGAGAAAUGUGAAGGACUUUAACCUUUAUGACCUCACAGAAUGUCACCAUGUCCUAUCUUGUAACCUGAUGGAUACACUUGAUUUCCACCUGGGAUUGCAGUGACCAGCUCCUAGGUGCAGCUCCUGCCAUCUCAGCCAGGAAGAGAGAAACCCCCAAGCUCAGCACAGCUGGUACCAGCUUGUCUAAGGAAGUUUACCGGUGCAUGCCAUCCCCUUCUUCACCUCGCAUCCUGAAUUGUUUCUUGGUGUUGUCCUGUGCUGUCGUGUUCCACCCCAGAGGUGGCUGCAUUUUGGAGCUGAGUGAAGCAACAGUGAUCUAGCUGUCUGUUGGAUCUAUCCUUCAAGAUGAAAGGUUCCUUGGAGACCUCAGAGCUCCAAGGCGGGGUUACCACUCGGCGGCAUGGACUAGAGAGCGAACUGCCGCAGCGUUAGCCAUGCAGCCACCUAGCCAGCUGUUCUCCAUAUGAAAAACAGUUCUGCACCAGUGUUUUUCCAAAAAUAACCAUGUAUUCCCCAUACUGCCUGACCCAGGAUGAAUUCCACCCUUUCAUCGAAGCUCUCCUCCCCCAUGUCCGGGCCUUCUCCUACACAUGGUUCAACCUGCAAGCUCGGAAGCGAAAGUACUUCAAGAAACACGAGAAGCGGAUGUCCAAGGAUGAGGAGCGAGCCGUGAAGGACGAGCUGUUGGGGGAAAAACCGGAGAUCAAGCAGAAAUGGGCAUCGCGGCUACUGGCCAAACUCCGCAAAGACAUCCGCCCCGAGUUCCGGGAGGAUUUUGUCCUGACCAUCACCGGUAAGAAAGCACCCUGCUGCGUCCUCUCCAACCCGGACCAGAAGGGCAAAAUCCGCAGGAUUGACUGCCUGAGGCAGGCCGACAAGGUUUGGAGACUGGAUCUUGUAAUGGUCAUCCUAUUCAAAGGGAUCCCGCUCGAAAGUACUGACGGGGAGCGGUUGUACAAAUCGCCACAGUGCUCCAACCCCGGCCUCUGCGUCCAGCCACACCACAUUGGAGUCACAAUUAAAGAACUGGAUCUUUACUUGGCAUAUUUUGUUCACACUCCUGAAUCCGGACAAUCAGACAGUUCAAACCAGCAAGGAGAUGUGGACAUCAAACCACUGCCCAACGGGCAUUUGACUUUCCAGGACUGUUUUGUGACGUCGGGUGUCUGGAACGUGACGGAGCUGGUCCGAGUGUCCCAGACCCCCGUGGCCACGGCGUCGGGUCCCAACUUCUCCCUGGCAGACCUGGAGAGCCCCAGUUACUACAACAUCAACCAGGUGACUCUGGGCCGGCGGUCUAUAACGUCACCUCCUUCCACCAGCUCCACCAAGCGCCCCAAGUCGCUGGAUGACAGCGAGAUGGAGAGCCCCGUGGACGAGGUCUUCUACCCCGGGACGGGGCGCUCGCCCGCCGCCGGCAGCAGCCAGUCCAGCGGCUGGCCCAACGACGUGGACGCAGGACCGGCUUCCCUGAAGAAGUCAGGGAAGCUGGAUUUCUGCAGCGCCCUCUCCACCCACAGCACCUCCCCAAGAAUGGCUUUCAGCCACCACCCGCUGCCGGUCCUUGCAGGAGUCAGACCAGGAAGCCCCCGGGCAACAGCCUCGGCCCUGCACUUCCCGUCGAGCUCCAUCAUCCAGCAGUCCAGCCCCUACUUCCCCCACCCGACCAUCCGCUACCACCAUCACCACGGCCAGGACUCGCUCAAGGAGUUUGUGCAGUUCGUCUGCUCCGACGGGUCGGGCCAGGGCACCGGGCAGCCUAACGCUAGCGGCCAGGGCAAAGUCACGGGCUCAUUUUUGCUGCCGCCGCCCCCACCUGUGGCCAGACCUGUGCCCCUUCCAAUGCCUGACACAAAAUCCACCAGCACUAACCCAGAGGGCGGAGCGCCGACACCUACAUCACCCUCAUUCGCAGCGCCAGGCUCCUCCACUGCCAACCGCUUUGUCGGCAUCGGACCCCGGGACGGCAACUUUCUAAACAUCCCCCAGCAGUCUCAGUCUUGGUUCCUCUGAUGGGAUCUUCAAGAAAGAGACGAGAAAUCUCCCCCUAAAGCCCCCCAUGGAAGCGUCCGUCCUUCGCCCUGGAUCUUCACUGAGCUGCUCCAGUCGAGACCCAAAGGGGGUGCCCGGCUCCCACUACCCCCCGUCCCAGCCCCGAUCCGGAGCCAAUUUGAAUCGACGUGGACGAGGUUGGUCCUGUCCGAUGCGGAAUCCCCGUGCCGCCCUUGGGACGUAACGUCACAAAGAGCAAAGCCCAGCACCCCCGCAGCGAUCGCCGCAGGUCAGCCGCUCUGGAAUCGAGCGUCUCCCCCGUUCCUGGGGCGGGGAGAUCAGCAGCCCCGGACGUGCCCGGGUCAAAAUCUCCCGAAAACCACCCCGAGCGCUGCCGUGUGCCAGGAAAGAGGAGGAAGUGCUGGGGUCUUUCCAGAGCUGCAAGUGACUUAGGAUGGCAGGUUGAGGCAACGUCCAACAGCCAUGGGCACGGUCUGUCCGCACAGGGGGUCCAGCCACGGGGUGUGAUUGCACCUCGCAUAGGCUGCCCCCAGCUAGCGUUCAGGUGCCAGAAAGCUGCAGCAGCGUGAGAGAGCCCCGGGUAAUUACCCGGCCACGGCAUCCUGCUCUGGCACCUGAGCUAGCUUGGCUGCAUGAGGGGCAGCCCCACCGGGGUCUCCUUGCUGGCACUGGUUCGGCUCACGGGGUGAACAGAGUGAGAAUGGAACCAGCUGGCCUGUCCCACAAACAUAUUUGCGAGUUCAGAAAAUUUUCCUGUCUCAAAUUGGGGUGAAAAAUGGAAAUCUCAAAAAUAUUCGCCAGCCGGAAACCUGGUGAGUUUUCUGUUGUGGGUCAGUUGAAAUAUUUCAUUUUUUCCGUUUGGGCCUUUUUUCUGGGGUUUUAACCUUAUUUUUUUCAGUCAAAUUAGCUUAAAGUCGGGUCAAACCAGAAAAGUGGAAUUUUGCCUUUUUUGCAAUUUGUUCCCGAUCAGGAGACACAGCCGACCCGCCCGUUCCGGGAACGGUUCCAUUUCGGCAAAGCUGCGAUUUCCAGGGAAAAAAUGAUUUGUCACAGACUCCCGGCCAGCGCAGGGCGAUGGAAAAUCGGUGCCUCUUUUCACGUCUGUGGUCGUAAAUGGCACAUGACCUGCCCUGGCGCUGUUUCACUUGCCUCGUCUGCAUGAGAAGGCAACACUGGUUUAACUUCACCUGCUUUAAAGCCACAACACGAGGGGUGAAUUUAAACCCGUUUAAAGAGCCUGCUGUGAGCCGGACCGAUAGAAGUGGUUUACACUGAUGUAAGUGCGUCCACACAGGUGCUGAAACCGGUUUAACUGAAGUCAGGCCAGUUUUGCAGGGAACAAACUUUGUGCAUCCAAGUCACGUUGGUGCUCUGGAAAUCAUCCCUCUGUGCCCAGCAAUGAGCCGCCUUCCCGGUUCAAUUCAGAACGCUCGGGCCGGGGCUAGGCCUCUGCCCAAGAAGCCCCAGGAUUGGGUCCCUUCCGUCUUCAUCCUGGGGCAGCCAGAUUCUCCAGGGCACCUGGGAAGAUCCAGCCCCAAUGGGGUGUUUGCUGGCAGCCCUGGAGAAAUGCAGCCGGGAAGGCUACAAACCUUGCAAGCUUCCUCCUGGCUGCCCUGCCCCUGGCUCCGGCUGGCCCUCGGGCUUUGUCCACGGCCCUCCCUUCGCCGCCUGCACGGACUGGCCCCCAUCACCUCGGAGCCCAGCUGUGCCGCUGAGGAUGCUGGGAGUUUACCCAGGAUGCUCAGCGGCCGAUGGACUCAGGCUGGCUCCCAGCACGUUUCUUUCCCCCCAAACAUAAGCGCUGGGGCCAUAGCCCCCCCCCGUUCCCGCCAUAUGGGGAGUCAUGAGGAAGGCUAAGCACAGACGCUCCCGGCUGCGGGGGCAGAGUGGGCUGCGCGUGCUCCCUUCCCAGCCCCGUCAUGUCAGCCUCUCGCUCAAGAGCCCCCCUGGGCGGAUGAAGUGGGAUUCUGCCCGGGGGGGAACAGUUAGAUUAGUUUAGAGAAGGGGGCAUCUAGUCUCCUUCCCAGCUCUCCCAGUGGCUCCCAGCAUGGCCCCCUUCCGCCCCCCCCCCCACAGUGGGGUUCUCACCAGCCCUGAAAAUGCAGCGCUGGGGGGGUCCCUUUGCAAACAACCCCCCCC